AAUGUGAUUAGGGCCCACCCUAUUCCAGGAUGAUGAUCUUUUAACUAAUUAUAUCUACAGAGAUCUCAUUUCCAAAUAAAACCACAUUCACAGGUACUGGGAUUAUGGCUCAAACAUAUCUUUCUUGGGACACAGUUCAGCCUGUCAUAGAUGGUCACCCCGUGCUUACUGUGUGCAGGUGGGGCUGUACACAAGGCACAUUAUUCCCACGCAGUAGGGAUCAACAGUAAUUAAAAAGCGGAGGCAGACCCCAUUCACCUUAGCAAAAGGAACCGUAUGUGGGAUAUUUAGGGGGAAACCCCAGGAAAACAUGCGCGAGCUCCUUAUGGAGAAAAUGGAACGGGCUGAGUGGCGUGAGUGCGUGGAGAGCGGGUGUGUCACGCAGGCAUUGGUCCUCCCGUGAACCCGUAACCUUAUGUGAUGAUGCUUCAGUUUCGGGUCUGCUCUUCUGUUUGGUCACAAGAUUCACCUUCAGACACAGUAGUAUUCUGGGAGAGAAGAGGUCUGUCUCUUGCUUCUGUCUUAAGAGGGCAAGGAAACUGUUCCCAGGAGACCUGGUCUUGUAGCUGAGGGGCAGAAGUGGGUCACCUGUCAGCAGAGACCAGAGUUGCCAUACCUGACUCAGAGUCGAAAGUGUUUGUCCCCAAGCUGGGGUGGGGGUCACUGUCCCUGAGCAAUGGGUCCUGAACAAGACCAGGGUUCUCACAGCACAGAAGGGGUGGACAUCAGAAAGGACAGCCAGCCCACACCUGGGAGCCUGCCCAGGGCACAGCCACACCUGGCUACAAAGAACCUUCUCGGGUGUUCCCAACAGCAUCCUGCAGGAUGGAGAAGAGCCAGGGACUCCUGCCUGACCAUCGGGGAGAGCGCAGAGGGGUGUGACCCCCUGAUGCAGACGCAGCAUGGCAGGCUGCAAAGCCGCAGGACCUGGAUCUACCAGCAGAUCUGCAAGGAGCUGCAGAUGCGGACAGGCGCCGAGAACCUCUACAGAGCCACCAGCAACCACCGGGUCAGGGAGACGGUCGCCCUGGAGCUGAGCUAUGUCAACUCCAACCUGCAGCUGCUGAAGGAGGAGCUGGAGCAGCUUGAUGGCAGUGUGGACACGUGCCAGCAUGGGAGUGAAGGUGUUGCUGCCCCCAUGAUCCCCCUGGGUCUGAAGGAGACCAAGGAGCUGGACUGGGCCACACCCCUGAAGGAGCUGAUCUCGGGGCACUUUGGAGAGGAUGGCGCCUCCUACGAGGCAGAGAUCAGGGAGCUGGAGGCCUUGCGGCAGGCCAUGCGGAACCCCAGCCGGAACGAGGCGGGCCUGGAGCUGCUGGCAGCCUACUACAACCAGCUCUGCUUCCUGGACGCGCGCUUCCUCACCCCUGCCAGGAGCCUGGGGCUCUUCUUCCACUGGUACGACUCGCUCACGGGUGUCCCAGCCCAGCAGCGUGCCCUGGCCUUCGAGAAGGGCAGCGUGCUCUUCAACAUUGGCGCCCUCCACACGCAGAUUGGGGCACGCCAGGACCGCUCCUGUGCCGAGGGCACCAGCCGCGCCGUCGAGGCCUUCCAGAGGGCUGCUGGGGCCUUCAGCCUGCUGAGGGAGAACUUCUCCCAUGCGCCGAGCCCAGACAUGAGCACUGCCUUGCUCUGCGCACUGGAGCGGCUCAUGGCUGCGCAGGCCCAGGAGUGCGUCUUCGAGGGCCUCUUGCUGCCUGCCCCCGCAGCCCCCAGCGACGGCCCUGCCCAGCUGCGUCUGGCUCAGGAGGCUGCCCAGGUGGCAGCCGAGUAUAGGCUUGUGCACCAGACCAUGGCCCAGCCACCUGUCUGUGACUACGUGCCCAUCUCCUGGAUUGCCCUGGUGUGCGUCAAGGCUGAGUACUUCCGCUCCCUGGCCCACUACCACGCUGCCGUAGCCCUCUGCGAUGGCUCUCUGGUGGCCAAGGGAGAGCUUCCCAUGCACGAGCAGGUCUUCCUCCAGCCCCUGGAGUGCUGCACACCCCAAGGACCCACACUGCCACAGGAGCCCGAGGAGCGCAGGAGACUUGGCAAGGCCCACCUGAAACGCGCCAUCCUAGGGCAGGAGGAGGCACUACGGCUGCAUGCCGUGUGCCGCGUCCUGCGUGAGGUGGACCUGCUACAGGCUGUGGUGGCCCAGGCGCUGCGGCGCUCGCUGGCCAGGUACUCGGAGCUCGACCGUGAGGAUGACUUCUGCGAGGCUGCUGAGGCCCCUGACAUCCAGCCUAAGACCCACCACAAACCAGAGGCCAGGACACCCUGCCUGUCCCAGGUGAAGGUGGCUGACAUCUUCCACCGGCUGGGGCCCCUGUCCGUGUUCUCAGCCAAGAACCAAUGGCGACUGGUGGGGCCUGUCCAUGUGACCCGAGGAGAGAGUGGCUUUGGCUUCACACUUCGGGGAGAUUCACCCGUCCUCAUCGCCGCUGUCAUUCCAGGGGGCCAGGCUGCGGCGGCUGGACUCAAGGAGGGUGACUACAUUGUGUCGGUGAACGGGCAGCCCUGCAAGUGGUGGAAGCACACAGAGGUGGUAGCCCAGCUGAAGGGCAUGGGCGAGGCAGGAGUGAGCCUGCAGGUGGUGUCACUGCUGCCAGGCUCAGGACCACCUGGCACGGGGGACCGCCGGCCAGCCCUGCUGGGCCCCGGGGGACUUCUGAGGAGCCAGAGGGAGCGAGGUUGCAAGACACCAGCGCCUGCUCGGGCCAGCCCCCGGGCCCUCCUCGGCUGGAGCUGCAAGGCAAAGCGGGACAAGAGCGGAGACAGUGCCCAGCCCUGCACCCCAGGGGGGGCUGCUGUGACUGUCCCUGACCCACAGGCACUGCCCUCACCCUCUGAGAGCCCAGGGUGGCCAUGAGGGGCCGCUCCUUACACACCUUGCCCAGUCCAGGCUCCAGCUGUCUGGGAGCAGCCGUCAUGCCCUCCCCGCCCCAGAAGACCCUCAGGCGGUGCCUGUCCCCCCAGUGCCUGAGGCUGCAUGGGGCAUGCCUGCCCACCCAUUAAAGACCAGAAGCAGAAAAGCA